AUGACUGCCUCGAGUCGGACCAUGAAGUGCGUUGUUGUUGGUGAUGGUGCGGUGGGGAAAACGUGUCUCUUGAUAUCUUACACAACGAACAAAUUUCCUUCGGAAUACGUUCCAACGGUCUUCGAUAAUUAUGCCGUGACUGUGAUGAUCGGCGGCGAUCCUAUGGUCCUUGCUCUGUUUGAUACGGCUGGUCAGGAAGAUUACGAUCGGCUGCGACCUCUUAGUUAUCCCCAAACGGACAUAUUCUUAUUGUGCUUUUCAGUUGUCAACCCUACUUCUUUUGCUAAUGUGAAAGAGAAGUGGUUCAAUGAGGUUAAACAUCACGCGCCAAAUACACCGUAUCUUUUGGUUGGAACGCAGAUUGAUCUUCGGGAUGAUACAGCUACCUUGGACAAAUUGACGCGCAAUCGACAAAAACCGAUAACUUAUGAACAAGGGGAGAAAUUGGCUAAAGAGAUAAAAGCGCACAAAUAUGUCGAGUGCUCUGCACUCACACAGUGUGGCUUAAAAAAUGUUUUUGAUGAGGCCAUCUUGGCGACUCUCGAGCCGCCGCAAACCAAGAAAGCCCGAUGUCGAAUUCUAUAA